GACUUCCUUUCCUCUUUUAAUAACGUUUUUCAAAAGCCAACCCUCCUCGCUUUCUCACAAGAAAUUAUAUACUACUCCCCAAACUGUUUCCAUUUGUUUAAUUUGUACAUUAAACAGCUAAUUCUUGGGAUCCUUUGAUCGUGCUGAGCCUCUUGUGGUUUACUACCAUUUGGCAUUUGCCUUUUGUUUCUCUCUGGGUGUCUGUAACGGGAAGAGUGAGGAAGUCGUCCCCACGUUUGCUUUGCACUUUUCCUGGGUACAGCUUUACCAUUUCCUCCGAGAGAGUUUUUUUUUUUUUCCCCUUUCGAGGAUUCCAACCCAAGAGAGAGAAAGGGAGAGGGAAGAGAAGAAAAGAGAGAGAAGGAGACACAGGUUGAUUACAUGAUCUGAACAAAGUUGAUUCUUGAAAGAAGUUUAAGGAAUUCUGGGUUUGUUUCGGUGACUCUGUCGAUCUGUUCUUUUCUCGUUCAGAAUCUGGUAAUUGGUGAUCUGGGUUUGGCUCACAUUGGAGUUUUCUCUGUUGGGUUUUGAUGGUUUUUGAAAAAAUUGUCAUUUAGCCAGUGGAACCCUAAGUUCUUCCAAGACAGGUUUAGAGAAUUAGGAUAUUAGUGGUGACUGUCUAAUUAGGAUUUUCCUAUCGGUUUCUGGAAUUAUACGGACAAGAAUUUGUUGAGGCAUUGUUGUUACAUUGGAUGGAUAAGUUGAUAGAUGCACAGUUUAUUGACUAGGAAAAUUUCCUAGGGGAGAUGGCCAAAUCAAAUCCUUCCCCUUCUUCUUCUUCUUCUAAUUCCUCAGCCACUCCUCCCUCAGGUUCUCAGCCCAAGGCUUCUGCCACUCCAGCUCCUUCAACCUCUUCAACCCCACCUCCUCAAUCUCCUCCACCAACGGUUGCCACCUCUCCUCCUCCAUCUCCACCGCUUUCACCUCCGCCAGCAGCAGCAACACCGCCGCCUGCUUCACCUCCACCGUCGCCUCCACCCUCUCCCCCACCCUCUCCCCAAGCUUCCCCCCCGCCCUCUCCCCCACCCUCUCCACCUCCAUCACCUCCUCCUGUUGUCAGCUCAUCACCCCCUCCGAUUUCAUCUCCGCCGCCGCCAUUACAAGUUUCAUCUCCACCUCCCCCUGUUGCCGCUUCUCCACCUCCCUCAACCACAUCCCCUUCUCCACCUUCUGCCAAUUCUCCUCCUCCACCACUUGCGAAAGCACCAGUAUAUUCUCCUCCGCCUCCUGCAUCUGGUUCUCCACCAGCACUUCAGCCCCCCAAAAGUUCUCCCUCACCGACUAAUUCCUCCUCUCCUCCUCCUACCCCUUCAUCUUCUUCACCAAGUCCUGUUCAUCCUGCUGCUGCCCCAAGUAAUUCAACUGUUAAUGGAACUACAAGUACUGCACCCGUACCAUCUGUGUCUUCGGAGGAACCAACUGCAAAAGCAACUACAUCUGGUCCAAGUGAUGGGGCAAAUGUGAAAGCAACAAAUAGCGGUGGUGGUAUAUCAACCGGAGGUGCUGCGGCUAUUGGCAUUGUUGGGUUGUUAAUAGCCCUUAGUCUUGUUGUGAUGGCUGUGUGGUUCGCGCGGAAACGGAAGAAACGUGUAUCUGGAUUGGGUGGUGUUGAUGGUAUGGCUUCUCCAUAUGCCUCUUCCCAAGGUUCAGGUUCAGUAUUUCUAAGGCCCCAAAAGUUAACUCACCCAGCCGGAAGUGCUUCCGGAAGCAAUUUCCUGUACUCUCCAGAGCCUGGUGGGGUAGGGAAUACAAGAUCAUGGUUCACUUACGAGGAGCUAACCACGGCUACAAAUGGGUUUUCAGCUCAGAAUCUUUUGGGUGAAGGUGGAUUUGGUUCUGUUUACAAAGGGUUACUGUUAGAUGGAAGACAAGUCGCAGUUAAACAACUAAAGAUAGGUGGUGGGCAGGGGGAGCGUGAGUUUAGAGCAGAAGUUGAGAUUAUCAGCAGAGUGCACCACCGCCAUUUGGUUACACUUGUGGGUUACUGUAUAUCGGAUCACCAAAGAUUGCUUGUGUAUGAAUAUGUCCCAAACGAUACCCUUCAUUAUCAUCUUCAUGGUAAAGGUAGGCCAGUUAUGGAGUGGUCAACUCGGGUAAAAGUUGCUGCUGGUGCAGCUCGUGGAAUAGCUUACUUGCAUGAAGACUGCCAUCCCCGAAUUAUUCACAGGGAUAUCAAAUCGACAAACAUUCUGUUAGACAACAGCUUUGAAGCUCGGGUUGCAGAUUUUGGGCUUGCAAAGUUAGCAUUGGAUGCAAAUACGCAUGUGACAACUCGUGUGAUGGGAACUUUUGGAUACAUGGCUCCAGAGUAUGCAUCAAGUGGCAAGUUGACUGAAAAAUCUGAUGUAUUUUCAUUCGGAGUUGUCCUUCUAGAGCUCAUUACUGGCCGCAAACCUGUGGAUGCAUCUCAACCACUGGGUGAUGAGAGCCUGGUUGAAUGGGCUCGACCAUUGCUUACUCAAGCGCUUGAAAGUGGAAGUCUGGAAGAGUUGAUAGAUCCAAGACUAGAAAACAACUACGUCGCAACUGAGAUGUUCGGGAUGAUUCAAGCAGCUGCAGUUUGCAUACGUCAUUUAUCCUCAAAGAGGCCGCGGAUGAGUCAGGUGGUAAGAGCUCUAGAUACCAUAGGUGAACUAUCAGAUAUAACAAACGGGAUGAAACCUGGACAAAGCGAGAUCUUCAAUUCAAGGGAACAAUCUGCUCAGAUCAGAAUGUUUCAAAGGAUGGCAUUUGGAAGCCAAGACAUCAGCAGUUCAGAGUUCUUCGAUCGUUCUCAUAGUAGCUGGCAGAGUAGAGAGUCAAGAGACUAGUGAAGCAACCGAAACAAAGCGACAAAGUAUAGAUCUUUCUAGGCAAUACCGAAGUAUGCCAAAACAACAUACUCGAAAGGGCUGCAUAUUCUUCUCACUUGGAAUGAUUUUGAGACCCUCCGUUUAGAGUUGAGAUCUUGUAAUUCGGCCCAUUACAUAAUUUUUUUUUCCUUUUUCCUUUUUCCGGUAUAAAUUUUCUUCGCUAACACUUGUUUGCUUACUCAUUUCGAUUCUUUGUGUUGAUAUUCAUCCAACCAAAUUUCUCUUUACUUAAUGAACAGCUUACCUUUUUUCUGCAAA